GUGCUUAACCCGGACUUUCACUUAAGUGUACAAGUAAGACGCAUGUGUCAUGAAAUGUUAUAGAAAAUAAAAUGUGCUAUCGUCAGUGUCUUAAUAAGUGUUUGUGUGUCUGUUUAUUGUUAAUAACCGUAAGCAAGGCGUUAGUCCUGCGCGCAUACAUCUCACAGUAUGGACUUCACGGUGAGAUUGAGUUCUCCCAGAAGAACGAAUCUCUCAUUAGCAUCAGAACAAAUCUGAAACCAACUCUCGAAUUCCCUGACGGUGUCUGGAGAUGGACCAUUCACGAAUACCCAGUUGACUAUAGAGACAUCUCCAGCGAAAGAUGUUCUGAAAAGAGUCUUGGUGGAGAAGUAAUUGAUCUUACAGAAGAAUUAGGAUUCCUAGUCAUACCAGGAAAGGAUCAUGCCGAGUUUGAAAGUAAAAACUAUCUAACUGGCCCUAUUGGAAUAUGGGGAAAAAGUAUAGUUUUAGAAACAGCUGAAAGGGACAGAGUCAUAUGUGCGUCUAUAGUUUCAGUAGAGAAGAUGUAUGAACAGCAUGCGAUAGCAAAAUUUUCUUCACCAAUUGCAGGAACAUUGCAUUUUAGAUGGAUAUUCGAUAAGGAAUUUGAUGAAAUGGAUUCGUAUGUUCAGUCAGAUUUAUAUCAUACGAAUGCUGUUCUUGAAAAGGGGUAUACUGAGCAUAAAUGGAAACUUUUCGUGACUGAUAUUUUCGAUGCUGAUAAAGGGAACUAUGAGGAUAAUUGCAAUGUACUACAAGUUGUCUUUGAUCCGGAGAAUAGUGGAGAUGGGAUGAGUGUGGGUGAUCUUGAUAGUCGGCUGGGGCUUAUAAAGGUAGCCGCUGAUCCAAAUAUCCAGAAAACUAGAAAGCUAUAUAAGGACGAGGUUCUAAAUAUACUUAGGAAUGAUAUGGACGUGACUAAGAGAAGUCUCUACGUUGUUAUUUAUGAUAAUAGGCACACAGAUAGCUUUCUUGCAUGUGCUAAAUUACGAAAGGCACCACCCAAAAGUUACAAGGCUUUGAUAAACCAAGAUGGUAUUCGUGGUACCGUAGAGUUCACCCAGCGUUCCCCAUACGAUCCAACCUGGAUCAACUUCCAGCUUGCAGCAUCGGACCAGGAGUACGAGUCGAACCUGAGGUUUGUGAGCUCGGUAACCCAGUACAGCAUCAGAGAACUUCCGCCCAAACUGUACGAAGCCAGGAUGUGGGACAGCAGAUGCAAUACGACCGGAGGAAUAUAUAACCCACUUGGAAUUGAACUGAAAUCUGUGCCUCCACCAGGUUUGGGCACACAGAAUCAGUAUGCAAUAGGCGAUCUUCUCGGCAAGUAUAAAGGCAGAACUGAAUACUUGAACCACAAAUAUCUGCUCCCUGGACUUGCGAAUGAGCUGAGCGGUUCCUAUUGGGACGUGUUCCUGCCUCUGACUGGACUGUACAGCAUCAUGCAUAGAGCUCUCGUUGUAACUAGACGUCCACCAAAGCAAGAGAUUUGCGCCACAGUUCUCUCGUACGAGCCCGGAACUCAGUACCAGACGCCCAUGAGUUCUGCCAUUGUCAUCUACCGCUACCCCAUCGUCGGUACAGUUAUCUUUAGACAACCCCUAGGCAGACCUUGGGAGGACACUACCAUCAUUAUCGAGAAUAUGAUACAUUCUGACGGUGCAAACAUCAACAAUACGGUUGAGCACCGCUGGGCUAUCCACGAGAACCCGCCAGGGUCUGACUACUACAACUGGACCGGACGAUGUCUCAGCACGGGCCGCGUGUACGAUCCCCACAAGAUAGACACGGACACCAGACACCCAGAGCAGUACUGCAGACCUGGCAUGGAAGGACUUUGUAGAGUUGGCGAUUUUACCACCAGACAUGGGAUGCUUAAUGUAGCGGGGAAGAAAAAAGAUGGGCCGAGACUAACCCGACGCCUGUUUACUGAUACAGUGGUGGGGCUGGCUGGGAAGUACUCCAUCAUGAGGAGGUCUCUACUCAUCUAUGAUGACCACGGACCCGUGGCGAGGGGAGAAAGGAUGGCUUGUUCAAUGUUAAAUGGCCUCCAUCGUCGCAAGGCAGUGAUCCGUGACUGGUUCGGUAACGGCGAAGGCAUUUCCCUCAGCGGAAAGUUCGAGAUGAUUCAACAGACUGAGUAUGACGUUACCAACGUAGAAGUCACGCUUGAUGGCCUGCCUGGUGACGUCAGCAACUAUAAAAUACAUGUCACGCCAAUUGAACGAGAAUUGGAGUUUCCUUGCGAAAAGACGACCAUCUAUGACACAUACAAUCCUUUUAAUGUUAGCAAGGCUUUGAGCCCGCCUCCUACGAAAGGUACAGCAGACCAAUAUGAGCUGGGAGACCUGGGCAGUAAGUACGGCCUGCUGGAACAGAAGAAAAAAUUUAUGGAUGUUUACAACGAGACGCAACUGUCAUUGUUUGGGCCUUACAGUAUCCUCGGGAGAUCUGUCGCCAUUCACAAAACGAGUCGCGACCGGCGCUGGGCUUGUUCUUCGGUAGAGCGAGGGUAUAGUCCAUCGGAAGCGAGGGAGAUCAGAGGCAUAGCGUCAUUUCAUCACCCGGGGGGAUUCGCGUAUGGGUACAUCCGGAUGACCCAGCUGGUGCACAAUGAUGGUAGCACUAGUGAUACCAUCAUUGAAGCGAAGCUAAGGCACCCGGGCCAGUAUGACAGGAAUUUGACUCUUAAUCACCGGUGGGAGAUAUUCGUGAACCCCGUAGGAGUGGACGCGGCUGUGAAGGUAACGAACACCAGGUGUGUAGCCGGAGGUUACAGGUGGAACCCCUACUUCACACAGUUGGCUGAUCCACUUAAUCACAACUUGUACGAUCAAGAGUGUGGAGCCGAUAACCCUCUUCGCUGCGACGUUGGUGAUCUUACAGCCAGACUUGGGACUAUUAACCUCGGCGGUGAACGUCAGAUAUUUGUGGACAGUAGCUUCCCGCUAGAGGGCACUGUGUCCGCCGUGGGACGUUCGAUAGUAUUAUUUGGACCAGAGAGAAGUGGGGAGAAGUUCGCCUGUGCCAACAUCCUGCCAGACAAAGAUAUCAUCAAGUUCGUGAACAUUAUGAAACCACCUAGAUUUGUAUUGGGCAUGUUCCUACAAGAAGUGCGGAAAGUGAUGGGCGUCCCAGAAUGGAUGGUCGGUGUGGACUCACGCCGCACUAGAGUCCUGCACGCUGGGGCCUGUAUCCAGAUCUUGUUGCACUUCCAGGGUCCUGAUGCAAGUCAACUCGAACUAGAUUUCACCAGAUUGCUGGCGUCAGGAAGGCUGGACUCUCCAAGUAUAUUUAUACCAGGCUUCGUGAACACGAAGAGAAAGAAAACGAUUUCCUACAGACAGUGUGGAGUUACGGAUCCUAAUGAAAAGAAAAAAAACACGUUUUUCUUCUCAAGGCCAUCGUCAGCAUGUCGAGCGUGGAGUAACGCUGUAGUUAAUAUUAUAAUUGUGAUCUCUGUUUACUGUUUAAUAUAGUUUGAUUGUAUUUAUUGAUUUGUAAAUAUAGUUUUAUGAAUUUA